AUGCCAGAAAGAGACUCAAAUUCAGGUCUUCUGAUUGUGAUUUCCGACCUAUAUGUCAAUGUCUCUUUGUUGAAAAUGGCGCAAUACUUUUCUGUGUCGGAGAAAAGUGGCAAACCUUACGAGCGGCUCGUGCUAUCUGUGCUCCCCCGCUUUGUCGUCCUGGAAAUGAUCAACGACAUGACCAAUGUUGAAGACGAGCACUUGCAGCACCAGUUCCAUCGGAUCUACAUCCACCGCUAUGAGAACGUCAGGAGGAUUCACAUUUCCAAAGCCACGCUGGACUGCCUCAACGGUGACUAUAACGUAGAAGAGGGUCAUGGUAAAGAGAGAAACGAAUUCUUGAGGAAGCAUAAUAUAGAGACCUAUUUGAUUAAGCAGCCUGAGGAGAGUCUGCUGUCAUUGCCCGAAGACAUUGUCAAGGAAUCCGUGAGCUCCUCAGACGGGAGAAACAGUGGGGCGACAUUCACAGAAGGAUCCUGGAGCCCCGAACUGCCCUUUGAUAACAUAGUGGGGAAACAGAACACUCUGGCUGCCCUAACAAGAAAUUCAAUAAAUCUACUUCCAAACCAUCUUGCACAAGCUUUGCAUGUCCAGUCUGGGCCUGAGGAAAUUAACAAGAGAAUAGAACAUACCAUCGACUUGCGGAGUGGCGAUAAAUUGAGAAGAGAGCAUAUCAAGCCAUUCUCACUGAUGUUUAAAGACUCCAGCCUGGAGCACAAGGCUGAUAUUUUUCCAAGUAAAAGAGUAUUUGGGGAUCUUGUUAAAAAUACAGCUCCUUUAGGAGCUGUCACAAAAUACUACGGACUGCGGGCUUAUAAACAGCUCACACAGUUCUCACAGUUCUGGAGGCUGGAAGUCCAAGAUCAAGACACUGGCACAUUCAGUGUCUGGGUGAUGCCAAUGGCCAUCCAGUUUUCCAUCCUGAUUAUGCUGCACUCGGCUCUGGUCCUCAUCACCACAGCAGAGGAUUAUAAGUGUUUGCCCCUCGUCCUCCGGAAAACUUGCUGUUGGAUUAACGAGACCUAUUUGGCCCGGAACGUCAUCAUCUUUGCAUCCAUCUUGAUUAACUUCCUGGGCGCCAUCUUGAAUAUCUACUUUGUCUUCACCGGGGUGCUGGCCAUGGUGACCUGUGCAGUUUUCCUCCGCCUGAACUCUGUCUUGAAGCUGGCGGUGCUGCUGAUUAUGAUCGCCAUCUACGCCCUGCUGACCGAGACCAUCUAUGCGGGCCUCUUUCUGCGCUAUGACAACCUGAACCACAGUGGAGAAGAUUUCCUGGGGACAAAGGAGGCAUCACUGCUGCUGAUGGCCAUGUUCCUCCUUGCUGUGUUCUACCAUGGACAGCAGCUGGAGUACACAGCCCGCCUUGACUUCCUUUGGCGAGUACAAGCCAAAGAGGAGAUCAAUGAGAUGAAGGAGCUGAGGGAACACAACGAGAACAUGCUCCGGAACAUUCUACCCAGCCACGUGGCCCGCCACUUCCUGGAGAAAGACCGAGACAAUGAGGAGCUGUACUCUCAAUCCUAUGAUGCCGUCGGAGUGAUGUUCGCCUCCAUCCCGGGGUUUGCAGACUUUUACUCGCAGACUGAAAUGAAUAACCAAGGAGUGGAAUGCCUGCGCCUGCUGAAUGAGAUCAUUGCUGACUUCGAUGAGCUGCUUGGCGAAGACCGGUUCCAGGACAUUGAAAAGAUUAAGACCAUUGGCAGCACCUACAUGGCCGUGUCAGGCCUGUCCCCCGAAAAACAGCAAUGUGAAGACAAGUGGGGACAUUUGUGCGCCCUGGCCGACUUCUCCCUCGCCCUGACUGAGAGCAUACAGGAGAUCAACAAGCAUUCCUUCAACAAUUUCGAACUCCGGAUUGGCAUCAGCCACGGCUCGGUGGUAGCUGGCGUUAUCGGCGCUAAGAAACCACAGUAUGACAUUUGGGGCAAAACCGUGAACCUAGCAAGUCGAAUGGACAGCACAGGGGUCAGCGGCAGGAUCCAAGUCCCUGAGGAGACCUAUCUCAUCCUGAAGGACCAGGGCUUUGCCUUUGACUACCGAGGGGAGAUCUAUGUGAAGGGCAUCAGUGAACAGGAAGGAAAAAUCAAGACGUACUUUCUGCUGGGAAGAGUCCAACCCAACCCAUUCAUCCUGCCCCCGAGAAGACUGCCCGGGCAGUACUCCUUGGCCGCGGUCGUCCUGGGCCUUGUCCAGUCCCUCAACAGGCAAAGGCAGAAGCAGCUCCUCAACGAGAACAACAACACUGGGAUUAUCAAGGGUCAUUACAACCGGCGGACUUUGUUGACACCCAGCGGGCCAGAGCCUGGAGCCCAAGCUGAAGGCACCGACAAGUCCGAUUUGCCAUAAAAGCAUUUUCUUUGUGUUUCUU